CAAGCAGAAGGCUUUGAUAGGUAUCGUUUGAGCUUCUGGUAACGGUUCAACGCUAGUAAGUAGUAACAACACUCUAAGAAAUACUGUGCUUCAAAAUUUUAAAAAGAAUUAGAGCUUAGCACUUACAAGCAAGUGCUGUGAAGUUUUAUUUAUAAGCAUAUCCUUGUGGAAUAAGACAGUCUCGCUAAUUGUUCAGCUCCUGGGAUUUCUUCUAGCAAAGGAGUGAAUGAAAUUGAAUACACUUCUGAGCACCUCGUGUAUAUCAUUUCCUAUUUCUGAUUAUAACACAUAAAGAAAAAAGACAUUUGUCUAUGACCCACUAAUCCAUAAUGAAAGAAAAAGAGGAACAUAACUAGCCAUUUGGACUAUAUUCUCAUCUCUUUCCCAGGUAACAUGACGGAAUCUGUAAAGAGUUAGGAUGUUCCUGCAACAACAACCAUUCUAAUUGUAAGAAUAGAUUUUUUGUUUUUAAAAUGGUAACAUGCUAAAAUCGACCUCCUCAAUGUUAAGUAGAGGACGUAUAAACACAUGUAUUUAGAAAAAUGAGAACCGAAAGUUAUGAACAGUAUGAUAAUAAUGUAAAUGAGCCUACUACAAUCUGUAUCAACUUGCUUGUUGAGUAUCUGGGAAAUUCCAUCAUUAUGCCUCCGAAUAUACCUAGGCUACAGCUAGCACCUGAACAAAUCAACUUUUUACUAGCAUUUUGCUUGAAGUAGGUAGGGAAAAUCAACUGUCUAUAAAAAUUUAAGCAAAAAGGUUUAAUUAAUCAAGAGAAUUAACGAGUCAUGUGAACCACUAAUUAGAGAUCCAACGACAUCAUAAGGCAUAGUAAAAAAAAUCAUCAUUGACCAGAAAAAGUAUCAACAAGCAUGAAUCAAAUGUAAAAAUAGAAACAAAUCAAUAGGAAAUUAUCAACACAACUUAACAACCAAUAUCAUAUUAAAUAAAGUUCAUUAAACAUGCGUGACUAGGUAGACUACCGAAGGAUGAACGCUCUGAAGGGUGCAAAUGAGAUGUAAAGUAUCACUAUUUUGAAUAUCUAAUUAGUGUUUAGUGUCCAACGUGGAAAUAAAAUAACAAAGAGAUAAAAUCCUCAAUAACCUUAUUCUACUUAUAAUCAAUCAGUUUGGCAAAUUUCUUCUUUUUGAAUGAGGCAAGCAUAAUAACAAAGAAGGUAUCUUUUUAAGGGAAUAUCUUAAAUGAACGCAUUUGAUUCAUCUGUUACUAAAGUACUGUUGGCAUUAGCAAGUCUAAAUGCACGUGUGAGUUUUGAUGAUUGACAAAGUGAACAGAGUGAACAUACAAGGUGAAUAAACUAGGUCUAGAAACAUGGUCCAGACAAAGUAUUUGAACAAAGCUAGAUAGAUGAUUGAAGUUCAGGAUAUGUUCCAAACACACUGAUAUGUCUGAAAGAGCAAGAACGCACAGGGUGAAUGGAACUGGUCCAAAGACCUGGUCUAUCGCAAAGAGAGAGUUGUAGACAAAGCACAUGAAUUAGGUCUACGAACAUGUUACAUCACAGAGACAGAUGCAUACAAGUACAGUUCAAUAAAAAAGAGAUGACUCAGUCAAAGAAGCAGUUUAAUGAAGAUUAGAACAAGCAAUGUAUACAUGUUCUAUCUCAAGAAGUCAUCAAGGGCAAUGGAUGAAUGAUCACAGGUGUAGAGAUCAAGUGAAGAGACACAGACGUGCAAGUGCCAACACUCUACCUCUCCUUAGGCCCACCAUAGCCAACCUCUUACUGGGACAUAUGUGCAUCUCCUUUUCACAUGCCCAAACCAUAUCAGCCUCGGCUCCCUCAUCUUAUCCACCACGGAGGCCACUCCCACCUUAUCCCGAAUAUUUUCGUUCCAAAUCCUAUCUCUCCUGGAUCUCUUCGCCCCUUCACAGAGCUCAGGCAAGGAAGAAACUUUUGCAAUUCCAUUGUCGAUCGAGCAGCGAUAAUAACGAUGAAUAUUUGCUGGAUGCUCCUGUUUCAAUUGGGGACGGCUUUUCUUUUAGCGGAGGAAAGUAUUCAGACGAGCCGAGUCCUGCUGACGAAUGGUUCAAGAAAGGAAAAUAUGUGAAAGCUCAUCCUGUCUCUGGGAGUGGGGAGAAGGCCAAGGAUCCCAUUUUUGGAGUUACAAUGGGUGGGAGUUCGCAGGCAUCAUCUGGUCUUUUCAGAUGGUUUUGUGUAGAAAAUGGAAGCUCUGAGAAUUCUCCCAUAUUAUUACUCCACGGGUUGCCAUCGCAGGCAUACUCUUAUCGCAAAGCUCUUCCCAUUCUUGAGAAAAACUAUCAUGCUAUAGCAGUUGAUUGGCUGGGAUUUGGAUUCUCAGAUAAGCCCCAACCAAGAUAUGGAUUUGACUAUACAUUGGAUGAAUAUGUGGCAUCCUUGGAAUCUCUUAUCAAUGCUCUUACCGACAAAAAGUUUACUCUGGUAGUGCAGGGAUACUUCUCACCAAUUGCAAUCAAAUAUGCCAGCAAGCAUCAGGAAAAGUUAAACAGUCUUAUACUUCUAAAUCCGCCACUAACUAUAAAACAUGCCAAUCUGCCGUCAAGCUUAUCUGUUCUGAGCAACUUCUUGUUGGGCGAAAUUUUUUGUCAGGACCCUCUUAGAGCCAGUGAUAAAACAUUGCUGAGUUGUGGUCCUUACCAAAUAAAAGAAGAUGUGGCAAUGGUUUACAGAAGACCUUAUCUCACAUCUGGUUCUGCAGGGUUUGCAUUAAACGCGAUAAGCAAGGGAAUGAAAAAACAGCUUAAGGGCUACGUUGAGGACACGAGAGCAAUACUUAUGGACAAUAACUGGUCAGUCCAAACAACAGUUUGCUGGGGACAAAGAGACCGCUGGUUAAGCUUUGAUGAUGUAGAAGAUUUCUGCAAAGAAUCAAAGCAUCGACUAGUUGAACUUCCUAUGUCAGGACAUCACGUUCAGGAGGACAGUGGUGAAGAAUUAGGUCAACUCAUUGCUGGAAUUGUUGGAAAAAGAAGAUUGUCAUAAGAUCUAAGCUCUGGAUUGAAUGGGUAGUCCAUCUGUCAAUAUUUAUAUUUCAGCGUGUUUGUUAAUUGUACAACAUGAUGUAUAUCUAAUAUUGUGAUACUGCAUGAGAUAACAACAGAAACGCUAAAAUUUUCAUUUUAAGCUGCUUGACAGCUUUUUAUUUUCAGCAACUGUUUCAGACAGAAAUAACUACAGGGUGAAAAUCUUAAGUUACUCUGUCUGUCUGAACUAUUCUAUUUGUUUUUAUACAUAAUUGGAGUUUAUAAAAAUUGACAAUGUCCCUCUGUUAUCAUGA